AUGUCUCCCGCGUUCGUCAUCGUCAUCGUCGUCGUCUUCGUUACGCUUACUACAACGACAACGUCAACAACAGCGACGAAUCGUCAAGGCGUAGACACUGAAACAAUUCUGUAUCUACAAAAGUACGGCUACUUGCGUAACAGUGGAAACAAUACGCAAUUAUCAUUUAAAGAGGGAGAAAUUAAACAGGCGAUUUCGUUAUUUCAAGAAUAUUAUCAAAUACCGGGUGAUGGUACAUUGAAUAACUAUACGUUGUAUCAAAUGCGUAAACCACGAUGUGGUCUCCCGGACAGUUUGCACCACGAGCACAAUACAGAUAGGAAGAAAUGGGCGAAAAUACAUCUCACGUGGAAUUUCCAUUUGGCGGAUGUGCACACCUUGAAAACUACCGCAUUCGCGUUCUCGCUAUGGGCAGCGAAUUCGUCUUUAUCGGUCCAACGUAAAACAUUAAAUCCCGACAUCUUAAUAUCUUAUCGUAGUGGCACACACACGUACGCUGAUCAUAAACGUAACGAAGAAAUUUGCUCCUCCUCAUUCGAUGGAUCUGGUGGAGUAUUCGCUCAUGCGUUCUAUCCUUCAAAUGUUGUCAAUUACACCGCUGAAAUACACGUAGAUAGUACAGAACAGUAG